AAAGGGUGGGUGGACAGUGAAACAUACGCACCGUCGAAGGUCGGUGUUGGGAUUGUCGUCGCCGUCAAGAGAUCAAAUUCGGACAGGGUCCAAAACCUAAAGGGGUGGCAGGCAAAAGUGAAUCUUUUGGAUAAAUUCAAUCAUCCAAACCUUGUGAAAUUGUUGGGAUAUUGUUGGGAAGGCAAAGACUUUCUUCUUGUAUAUGAAUACAUGCAGAAGGGUAGUCUUGGAAAUCAUCUUUUUGGAAGGCGUACUGAACCACUUUCUUGGAAUAUAAGAAUUAAAAUAGCGACCGAAGCAGCACAAGGACUUGUUUUUUUACACAGUACUGGAAUAAUUACUGUGUACAAGAAUUUUAAAUGUUCAGAUAUAUUAUUAGAUGAGGAUUUUAAUGCGAAAUUAUCGGAUUUUGGAUGCGUAAACUUGCCAAACUUGGGUCCUGCAAAUGGUUAUGCCACAACCGUUGACACUUAUUAUUAUGCGUCUCCAGAAUACAUAAAUACCGAUCAUUUAUAUGUGAAGAACAACGUCUAUAAUUUUGGAGUGGUGUUAUUAGAAAUGAUAAUCGGAUUACGAGCUGUUGGCACUAAUCGACCUAGCUCGCAAUUCAACUUGGUGGAAUGGGCUCGACCUGCGUUAUCCGACAAACGGAGAUUACAAGAAAUCAUAGACCCACGACUAGAAAACGAUUACCCAUCAAAAGGAGCUAGUAAAGCAUCAAAACUCAUCCUAAGUUGUCUCAAACCGGACCCCAAGAAUCGACCUUCAAUGGAAGAAGUUUUGUUUAGUUUGAAACAAAUAAGCGCCAUCCAAACAAAAUCAUAG